AUGGGGACGUUCGUCUCGGCCUUCACCGUGCUGUGCGGGGCCCGCACUGACCUCCCAGACAGGCACGUGUGCUGCGUCUUCUGGCUGAACAUCGCGGCAGCCCUCAUCCAGAUCCUCACGGCCAUCGUCAUGGUGGGCUGGAUCAUGAGCAUCUUCUGGGGCAUGGACAUGGUCAUCCUCGCCAGCUACAAGGAGCAGGGCAUCCCACAGCAGCUGUGAGCCCUCGGGAGCCUCCAGGGAAGUCCAGGGGGGGCCCUGUGAGGUCUGCACCAGGCAGCUUCGGGCACAAGGACCUUUACAUGUUCUCUUCUGCCGUUUCCCAGAUUUGGGGUGGAAAGGGGAUAUUUUUAAAAAUAUUAUUUAUUUUGAAAACGCAUCUGCUUUUCUCAGCAGGCUCUGAGGGCUGCCAGCCCCGCCUCCUGUUACAGAAAGCACUGUAGGCACAGGCACCUGGCGCAGCGGGGAGUGGGGUACAGAUGGAGAUGCUGAUGGGGAGGCUGGGGCGCUCCUGCAUGGUGGUUCCCACCUUGCAGUGCCCGCUGCCCACUGUAAGGGCACACCGGAGCCACCUGGCUGGGCCACAGUGGGCCCCACCUGGGUGAGCAGGGGCUCGCCAAGGGAGCAGGACCGUGGUGGGCACUUCCUCUGGGUCCCCACCCCCUGCCUCAAAAAUCUAGUGCCCCAAGUGUUUACUCUGUGGCCUUCCGGGGAUGCAUCAGGGUGGGGGUGAGGGUGGCCAGACUCUAGCCCAGCGUGGAAAGGCCAUUGUGUCCCCAGCUGGGCCGAGGCCUCUGGGGCAAGAAAGGUGCCCAAAGGCGUCUCCCAGGCCUGCCCUCCCUGACUGUAACCCCCUCCACUUCCUUGACACUGGCACGCACUGGCAGACUUUCACCUCAUUCUGUUCCAUACUCCUUUUUCUUAAAUCCUUGGGGCCAGACGUGUCACUAAACUCAGAAACUUUAGAUUUGAGAAAGAUAAUUUGAUCUAUUUAUUGCAUAUCUCCUAACACACCAGCUCCCUUCCCACCACCCCCGACAGAUUCUGGAACAUCCCACCCCACAUCAAGCACGUGAAUAUUUCUGCAGAGAAACAUGUGAAUAGUCAGGUUAAUGGGGAUCAAUAAAAAAUGUAAAUAGCCUCA